AUACUGGUUCGAAAAAGGCAGGGUACUCUUUUUUAAUUAAUGCUUCUUUUUCUAAAAUUAAUAAUCCAGAGGCAUUGGUGUUUAUUAACAAGAUGAAAGACAAAUAUAACCAUAAAUUAGAUAGGUUGAUGAUUGAAUUUGAAGAAUCUAAAAAAUUCACAAAUGAAAUAUUAGAAGACAUUAAGUUUAUGACAGGUUUAUGCAAAAAUGUUUUGGGUGAUGAUUAUCAAAAGUUCUUAGGUGAUUUUUAUCUUUGUAGUGAUAGUUUUGUAGAAGAUGACUUCCAACAAGGAUAUGAUAAACUUACAGAAAACUACUCUAAUGCUCAAAAUUACCUGAA